CGGAGGGACACGGACGCGAGCAAUGGUAAGCAGGGACAACAGGAGGCAGAAAAGCGAAAGAAAGAGUGAGAAAACCGAAAGAAAUGUCUUGCCAAUGUCUGCAGGAAGAUCCAGGUGCCACUUGGAGGCUCGGGGGUCAUUCUCGACUCAAACGCCAAAGUGGUAAUAUGCGUCAGAAUAGAAAUGUCACCGACUGUCUGUUUGGUGAUCCGGGCUCCCUCUUGUCGGUUGAUUCAGCCCGCGCCAAGGCCAAGGUGAAGGCCUCGCAGGGAGAGGCAAUGAGUCGGCCAGGUGCAUCGAGGCGGGGCCGGGCAGAGGGCCGCUCAGCGGACGGCAACAAGUGUCCUUUGCUUGGCUGUGUGUCGACGGGCUGCUGCUUUGAAAGCGACAGGCGUAAGCCAAACGCACACGUCAGUGAGUUUGCUUCGCGUCUGUGCGUUCUUUGCUUUGUGUCCAUCUGACUGUCCUGUGUGUGAAUUCACUCACGUACAUAGAUGUGGUCGAGUCGACGGGGGUGAAAGAGACCGGUAAGUGAUGAACGACUGAGGCAUGCACACAACCCCAGCACACGGUGUCCUCAUGUACUCUCUGUUACUGUCUGUCUGUCUGCCCUGCCUUCAGCCACGCAUACACCCGCAGACAUGGACCACCAGGCAGGUGAGAAGCAGGGGCGAUUCGCACGCACACCAUACUCACUACUAACACAUCGUCUCUUGCUGUGGUCACCUCAGGUAGCGGGCGCAAAGCGCAGCAGGUCGGGAGCCAGCAGCAGCCGGCGAAGAAUGCCGGGGACGAGGACAGCGAGAAGACUGAAUCGGACUCAGGUCAGAGCAGCCACGAGGGCAUCACGACACACUCAGCAAGGCAGGCCUGCUGUCUGCUCGCUGUCCAUCGAUGGGUUUCCGUGUCAUGCAGACGAGGGGAGCGCGAAAAGGGCACAGCCCAGCGGCGCACAAUCCAGCGUCAAGAUGGAAGAGCCACCAGAGCCGUCAGCUGACAUCUGUACGAACAGCCAGGCAAAGGAACGUGUGUGGUGCGUGACAUGACGUUGGUGUGGUUGUUGUUUGAUGCAUCAGAUGUGGCUGACGAGCAUGCCGAGCCGACGCCCUCGGGGACAGCUGACCAGCCGGUGCAGGGGGAGGGAGGGGCAGGGGCAAGUAUUGAGGAGUACCACGCUCAAAACAUAGAGGAAGGCUCAGGUGGGGAGCACACGCCACAACAUGUCGAAGUGCGUCUGUCUGCACACACUUGUGAUGUUUUGUCUGCACGUGCAGCUGCAGCUGCAGCUGCGGCCAGCGAGACGACCGAAGGCCGCGCCGGGACGAACGAAGGUACCAACACGGACACGCACGCACCACGGACGAGCAGAAGAAGGCUGUCCCUCACUGCUGCCUUUGGUGUGACAGCUGCUUCCACAAGCACCGCCCCAAUGGCCGUCGACGGUCAGGCAGGACGAGGCACCAAACGGAAGGCCGGCCAGGCGCUGUUUUCCGAUUGGCCACCUCACUUGGUGGGCAAUCGAACCGGGAGCAAACCAUACGGGCCAAAGCCAGAAGGGGUGAGUGAGGAAGUGAGGGAGAUGACAAAUAGCACAUUUAUUGGAGGCAGGCAGGUAGGGAGGUGAUCUGAUUCAUGUUUGUGUGAUUUGUGUGGAGUGUGUUGGUUCAGUACAGGUCGCUGUUUCUGAAAGACGUCCCUCGGACGGCCUCUGUAGAUGACGUCAAGGCGGCACUGAGGUGCCCGGCAGGUGCGUGGAAAAACAAAGGCCAUUACACGCCACACACACCAGAUACAUCUGUGUGUGUGAUGACUUCACUCUGCAGACGACAAGGUCGAGGAUAUCCUCUUUUUUUUCGACGAACAGACCAACGAGGUGACGGAAAUCACAGCACACAAGUCGGCACGUGGCUCGACCACCACCGCGUCUGCCUGUAUGCGUCUCUUCACUCUCGCUCUCUCUCUCUCUCUCUCCCUCCCUCCCUCCCCGCGUGUGUACGUGUGUGUGUGUGUCAACAGCGCCAUGAUUUCGCUCUUGUCGACUUUGCGACCGAGGAGGACUGCAUGGACGUCGGUCAAAUCGAUGAUAUCACCAUCGGCGGACGUCGUAUCUGGGUGGGUAGGUUGUCGCAACACCCAUGUGUGAGCAAUACAAUAUGUGUGGAUCGGAUUGGCUGCAUUCGUUCAUGCAGAUGCAGUGGGCCAGUUUUCCAAAGCCUGCACCCCGGCGAGCCAAUGGUCGAGCACAUACACACGACACACGCACUUUGCCCGCCAGAUGAGCCGCAUACCAUUCGGUGUGUGCAUUCAGCGGCCACCUCAAAGGCGAAAGCGAAGGCUGCAGGUAAGGCCAAACCCAAGCCAAAGGCCGAAGCUGCCGCCGAGGGCAUCUCAAUGGCUGCCGCUCUCCGCACAGGUGCGCACAGUGCAGAGCGCUCUUGAGGACGCCUGCCCACCACAAUGUGCUGUGCAUGCCUCUCUCUACCUCCCUCUGUGUGUGUGUUUGUCAGGCGCCGUUGUCAAGUUUGAGGGCACUCGCAAGAGCUUUGCGGGUACACAAGGGGACAUCCGGACCAGUGGGUGGGUGAAUGGAUGGAUGGAUGGAUGUGUUGACGUGAACAGAUGACGAGUGAGCUCCUGGUCAAUGGCCUGGCAGACGGGAGAGCGCACCGUACCACAUGUGGGGAAGCUCCUGUCGUGUAGCAUGGUGUACAGCCACUUACCUGUAUGCCACAGUGGGGCGGGGCGGGUGCAAGAUGGUUUUUAUCAACCGAACCACCUGUAGAUUAAUUACUGAAUGAGCCACCUGUGUGCAGGUCCUUUGCCCCCUGGCUUGCGUGAUCG